AUGAUUGGCCUCAAGAAUGUCAUCAUCUCUAGCAUCCUUGCUGUCGCUGCUCUAGCCGCACCCACUAUUCUGGACCGGNAAACCUCGACUUCAUCCCUCGUUCGUCGCAAGAACACANAAAAAUGCGAGGCGCACAUUCAAGUUAGCAGGUCCGGACUCGAUCUAUACUCUUGCCCAACCACGUACAACAUUGACCUUCUCGACAGCUCUGUACCCGCCCAGCCCAUGGGCAAAGACUGGAAUUGGGCAGACGUCGGCACAUGGUCAGCAACAAACCCUGACUAUCAGAUCAAGAUAGGAACCACCAGAGGCCCUGAGUUGUGGAUCGACGGCGAUAUCCCUAGCGGAACGGUCAAUAAUUUAUGGAGGAGCUCUUUCACUCUUCACUAUGCCUGGCAGCACUGGAACUCGUAUAAGUGCGAGAAUUGGAAAUACGAGAGCCCUGGAUCGAGUAACGAUUGGCGCGAUGAGUUUGAUCUGUGGUGUGAGUUUGACUGCUAG